AACAAAGUUAAUUUCUAUUCACUCUCCAAUUUCUCAGCCACAACUCCAAAUUCUCCCAUUUCUAUAAGUCUAUAUUAUCUGUAACAGAAAAACAAAAAGACCAGAAAAUAUUUUCAAAAAAUAAUUUCUAAUAAGGAAAAAAAAGAAAACGGUGGGCGGAGAAAACAGUGGACAGUGCCGGCGUCUAGGUUGGAGACACAUACAUAUUGGUAGUAGCACGAGCUGUGGCAGAUGAUUAUUAGGUAAUGAUGAGCAUGGUAGCCUGGAAGUUGUGUUCAUGGACACGCCUGAAAAUAAGAAGCUUACUGAGAUAGUUGACAUAGUAAAAUCAUGGAUGCCAAGAAGAACAGAGCAGGUGAGUGUGUCCAGAGAUUUCUGGAUGCCCGACCAAAGCUGUAGGGUAUGCUAUGAGUGCGACUCUCAGUUUACUGUAUUUAACCGCAGACAUCAUUGCCGUCUCUGUGGCCGAGUUUUCUGUGCCAAAUGCGCAUCAAACUCCGUUCCUGUCCCAAACGAGGAGCCCAAGGCUGGCCAGGAAGAUGGAGAUAGGAUUAGAGUAUGUAACUUCUGUUUUAAGCAAUGGCAGCAGGGGUUAGCUACAGUUGAUAGUAGGAUGAACCUUCCUAGUCCAGGUUUCAGUUCAUCUCCUUCUACCACAAGUUUGGCUAGCAAUCAGUCUAGCUGUACUUGUAACAGUGGUAGUUCAACUGUUUACCCCACAGGACCAUAUCAAUAUGUACCAUGCAGCUCAUGUCGAAGUGCUUCUCAAUCAGCUCAGAUGGAUCCUGCAGCUCUCCAGCAAGACCAAGCCACAUCUUUGGGAAAUCCAGAUUUUGGUCAUUUUGCCUCUUGCUACAGGAGUGAUGAUGAGGAUGAUGAUUAUGGUGUUUGUGGAUCACAUUCUGAGCCAAGACACUUUAAUCCAACAGAUGUCUUUUAUGGUGCUUUCAACUACAAGGAGAUGAAUAAUAUUUGUGAACCAAACAAUGAUCAACCUGCUGAGAUUGAAUCAAGUAGUGUAAAUUCCUCAUCAUUGACAGAGAACAGUGAAUGGAAGAACUCAGAAGGGAUGAAAGAACUUGCAAAAGAAACAGCUACUUGUGUCGAUGGUGUUGAGCGUGAAGGGCCUCCUUCUCAUGAUGUGAAUGAUACAGAUAAUGCACCUGUUGAUUUUGAGAAUAGUUAUUUACUCUGGUUGCCACCAGAUCCAGAAACAGAAGAGGAUGAUAGAGAAUCUCUUUUAUUUGACGAGGAUGAUGAUGGUAGUGAAGAAGCACCAGGGGAAUGGGGUUACAUGUACUCAUCAUGCAACUUAGCUAGUGGAGAGUACCAUAAUAGGUCAACCGAGGAACAUAGAAAGGCCAUGAAAAAUGUCGUUGAUGGACAUUUUAAAUUUUUGAUUGUGCAGCUUUUGCAAGCUGAACAUAUUCCUCCAGCUGAGGAGGAUAAUAAAGAGAGUUGGUCGGAGAUAGUCACAUCGUUAUCCUGGGAAGCUGCUACACUCCUAAAGCCUGACAUGAGUCAGAAUGGAGGAAUGGAUCCUUGUGGAUAUGUGAAGAUUAAAUGCAUUGCCAGUGGACAUCCUAGAGAAAGUACGGUGGUUAAAGGCAUUGUUUGUAAGAAAAAUGUGGCGCACCGGCGAAUGACCUCAAAAAUAGAAAGGCCUAGACUCCUAAUCCUUGGAGGAGCACUGGAAUAUCAAAGGGUGGCUAACCAUUUGUCAAGUUUUGACACUUUAUUGCAGCAGGAAAUGGACCAUCUGAAGAUGGCUGUUGCAAAGAUUGAUGCUCAUCAUCCAAACAUUUUGUUAGUAGAAAAAUCAGUAUCUCGAUUUGCACAGGAAUACCUGCUUGCAAAAGACAUAGCUCUGGUUCUCAAUGUGAAGCGGCCUCUUUUAGAGCGUAUUGCCCGUUGUACAGGUGCACAAGUAGUCCCUUCAAUCGAUAACCUUACAAUGCCAAAGUUAGGGUACUGUGAGUCAUUCCAUGUUGAUAAGUUUGUGGAAGAGCAUGGUAGUGCUGGGCAAGCUGGAAAGAAAAUGACAAAGACCUUGAUGUUUUUCAAGGGAUGCCCAAAGCCAUUUGGCUGUACUAUUUUGCUCAAGGGUGCCAACGGGGAUGAUUUGAAGAAAAUAAAACGUGUUAUCCAAUAUGGAGUUUUUGCUGCUUAUCACCUGGCUCUGGAGACAUCUUUUCUUGCAGAUGAAGGUGCUUCGCUGCCAGAGCUCCCUUUGAAGUCCCCAAUUAAAGUUGCAUUGCCUGAUAAACCAUCAACUAUUCAAAGAUCCAUUUCUAUCAUUCCUGGUUUCUCCCAACCAGUAUCCCAGAGACCACUCGAUCAGCAUUGCCCUGACACACCAUCUCAUUCCUCAACCAAACUGUUGUCUGGUAUUACAUCACCAUCCAACAAUGCUCAAACGCUUGUCGAACAGUCAAAUUUUCCUGAAUGUUCUAACUCAUUAGCUAAUGCUACAACUGCCUCAAAUAAUGUGAACUUUUCUGAUUGUCCUAAUUCUUUGCAUCAUUCAAGGCUUCAGUUCUCAGAUCAAGCAGAUGGGACGAAUGAAAUGGCUCCAAAUGACCCUCAUGAAGCAUCUCCGCUAGACAGAGGUGAAGUUGCAGUAAAUGAUUAUAUGCUUAAUUUUCCUAACAAUGCUUUGAGGGAUGCUGGUAGCUUUUCUCAUGUUGUGGAAAGUUUUCGCACGGCACACUUAACUUCAGAAUUGGUGCUACCAGAAUUUGAUAAUAGUUAUUUCGAGGAGUUAGAGUCACUGAAGCAAGAGUAUCCUUCCUCACCUUCCGACCAGCAGAUUAUUGUAGUGUGCCUUUCAACACGCAGUGUUUGGAAAGGAACUGUUUGUGAGCCCCCUCAUAUUUCUCGAAUAAAAUACUAUGGGAUCACUGAUAUGCCUUUGGGACGGUUUUUACGGGACCGUCUGUUUGAUGAGAAUUUUAGGUGUCCCUCAUGUGAAAUGCCGCCAGAAGCACAUGUUCGUUGCUACACCCAUCGGCAAGGCAGCCUCACAAUAUCUGUAAAGAAGCUACCUGAACGUAUCUUGCAAGGAGAACGGGAAGGGAAGAUAUGGAUGUGGCACAGAUGUCUGCGAUGUCCUCGGACCAAUGGUUUCCCUCCUCCAACCAAGAGGGUAGUGAUGUCCGAUGCUGCUUGGGGAUUGUCAUUUGGGAAAUUUUUGGAACUCAGUUUUUCAAAUCAUGCAGCAGCGAGCGGGGUUGCGAGUUGUGGUCAUCUUCUUCACCGAGACUGUCUCCGGUUUUAUGGGUUUGGGAAAAUGGUAGCUUGUUUGCGAUACGCUCCUGUUCAUGUUUAUUCUGUCUUUCUCCCAUCUCCAAAACUUGAAUUUAGCUAUAAUAAUCAGGAGUGGAUUCAGAAAGAAGGUGAUGAGGUGCACAGCAGGGCUAAUGCUUUGUUUGCUGAGGUUUCCAGAGUUCUUCAUGUAAAGUUGGAAAAAUUCUCUGUUGAUAGCAGCUUGAAAUCAGCCAAGAUAAGUGAGCAGAUCGCAGAGAUGGAAGAUUUAUUAGAGAAGGAGAAAACUGAGUUUGAGGAAUUGUUACGCAAGGCGCUUAGCAGAGAGGUCAAAGUUGGUCAGCCUGCAGUUGACAUCCUUGAGAUAAAUCGACUGAGAAGGCAGUUGGUUUUCCAUGCUUAUCUAUGGGACAGCCGCUUGAUACAUCUUUCCAGUUCUUAUGGUAAAAAUUCCCAAACUCAGGGCAGUUUGACUCAACUGAAGGAGAAACCCCCCAGCUUUAGUGAGGAACUUCCUGAAAGGACUGCAAUUUCGGGACCUGGAAAAAGCUUGGGGAGAUAUGAUUCAGUUCUUCAGAAUGUGAAGACUGAAAUAACAUAUAAUGAAGGAAGACAGUGUCAGAUUCCUGAAGGGGUUCAUGAAAGAUUAAAUACUGAUGAGAAACUAACUCACGGGAAAGACAGCGAGGUCUUUUGUUCAAUAAGAAGUACAGGAGAUGGAAUUUUACUGGAACCUGGAAAAAAUAUCAGACGCGUUCUUUCAGAUGCAAAGUUCCCUACUGUGGAAAGUUUAUCUGACACUUUUGAUGCUGCAUGGACUGGUGAAAGCCACCUGGCUAUUAAGGAGCAUACCAGUGAGUUUCCAGGUUCGUUCAUUGUUGAUUCUACUGCUUUGACUGGUGUGGCAACAACUGCAGAUGUCAAAAGGUCUAUGUAUGACAAAAAUGGGGCUGAAACACCUCAUUUAUCUGCGAAAUCUGACACCACAGACUACCUGACCUGGGCAACAGCACAUUUCUCAAACUUCUAUCGUUCCUUCAACAAGAAUAUCACAGAAAAUCCACAAUUUGUUGGUAAAUUGAAUGAGCAUAGUCCUGUUUAUAUCUUGUCGUUUAGCGAAUUGCAACAUCAAGGUGGUGCCAGGCUUCUGAUGUCUAUUGGUGUUAAUGACAUUGUUGUUCCAGUUUAUGAUGAUGAGCCGACAAGUAUUAUCUCAUAUGCACUUGUUUCACCAGAUUAUCACAAUCAAAUGUCGGAUGAAUCUCGAAAACUGAGAGAGAAUCACAAAUCUUCAACUUCAUUGCCUUUUCUGGAUUCAUUAAAUUUUCUUCUGCUCCACUCUGUGGAUGAAAUAGUUUCGGAAUCUUCAAGAAGUUUUGGAUCUACUAAUGAAAGCAUGUCAUCGGGUUUUAGCUCUCGCAACUCAAACCUGGAUCCACCUGCAUAUAUUAAUGCUAUGCAUGCCCGAAUAUCUUUCUCAGAUGACUCCCCCCCAGGAAAGGUUAAGUACACAGUCACAUGCUAUUAUGCAAAGCAAUUUGAGACCUUACGGAAGUCAUGUUGUCCCCAUGAAUCAGACUUCAUACGUUCCCUUAGCCGAUGCAAAAAAUGGGGUGCUCAGGGUGGCAAGAGCAAUGUUUUCUUUGCCAAAACGUUGGACGACCGAUUUAUCAUCAAGCAGGUUACAAAGACAGAAUUGGAGUCGUUUAUCAAGUUUGCACCAGCUUACUUUGAGUAUUUAUCUGACUCAAUAGCUAGUGGGAGCCCAACUUGCUUGGCAAAGAUUCUGGGGAUCUACCAGGUUACAUCAAAGCAUCUCAAAGGUGGGAAAGAUUCGAGAAUGGAUGUGCUUGUUAUGGAAAAUCUUCUUUUUAAUCGCAACAUCACUAGACUGUAUGACCUCAAAGGGUCGUCUCGAUCACGCUAUAAUCCAGAUUCAAGUGGAAGUAACAAAGUCUUACUUGAUCAGAACCUGAUUGAAGCAUUGCCAACUUCUCCGAUUUUUGUGGGAACGAAGGCUAAGCGGCUGCUGCAGAGAGCUGUGUGGAAUGAUACUUCAUUUCUAGCAUCAAUAGAUGUGAUGGAUUACUCAUUACUAGUCGGGGUGGAUGAGGAGAAGCAUGAACUGGUGCUUGGUAUUAUUGAUUUCAUGAGACAGUAUACAUGGGACAAGCAUCUUGAGACAUGGGUGAAGGCUUCCGGCAUUCUAGGUGGGCUGAAGAAUGCAUCCCCAACAGUGAUUUCUCCAAAACAAUACAAAACGAGAUUCAGGAAAGCAAUGUCUACAUACUUUCUGAUGGUGCCAGAUGAGUGGCCAUCGUCAACAGACAAUUCUCGUGGAUCCCAAUCCAAUUUAGCUGAAGUCUCAAGUGGGCCUACAUGAUACAUUAAAUAUCAGUGCAGAAAAUUUGCAGGACAUUUUCCCCGACUGGUCUUGGUAUAAUUCUAUUCAACCUUUUCAUAUGCCAUCAAGUUUUGUAUAUUUUGUGCAGGAAUGUUGGGUAGUUGCUGUAUCAUUAGGAUUAUUUUUGUUUGCUCAAAGCAGUACUUUAGGGAGUUAUUUCCACCAAAGAAUUUGCUAUCUUUUGGGCAGUCCCACAGCUGUAUUAUAAGCUCUUGUACAGACUUCAUUUUCUUUUCAUUUAUGGUUUGAUGUGAAAAAUGCCGCCCCAGUGGACUAUUUGAGCACCAUUCCGAUGCUCAAUGGAAGCUCUUGGUAUAUUCAUGUGUUUCUAUGAGAAUGAGACCGUUUUGACAA